GAACUGGUAAGACCCCUUUUUGCUAUUAAUACAGCCAUUCAAGUUCUAUGCAGAACUGUCUAAUCCUGUUUUAAUUUGUGAUGUGAAAUGGCUUGCACUCUUUAGUAAAAGCCUAGACUAUAAUGGUAUAGAUAUUAAUUAUCACAUUUAACUCGUUUUUCCGUCUCCACGACCCGUUGUCGACCUUAUCUAAACCGCUUCGCGUUGCUAUACCUCGGAGCAAGAAGAGAUCACUAUUUUCCUUGACAUUUAACAAAGUUCGCUUUUUUUUUCGGGAGUAGAAGCUGCAUGCGGACUUUGCUGGCCUUAUUUUAUCCAGAAUGAGCGCAUCUGCUGAACCUGCGAUCCCUUCACCGGGAAACUGGCCUGUAGACCCCCAAGACGAUGUACCAAUAUUGAAAGAUCGCAUUUGGGUUGACGGGUGCUUUGACUUUACUCAUCACGGACAUGCGGGAGCCAUGCUCCAGGCACGCAGAUUGGGAAAGGAGUUAGUUGUCGGCGUUCACUCUGACGAGGCCAUCCUUGAGAAUAAAGGCCCAACAGUGAUGACGUUGGAAGAGAGGGUAGCCGCAGUAGAGGCGUGCCGAUGGGCCUCUCAUUGCGUCCCACACGCACCUUACGUCACAUCACUGCCAUGGGUAUCACAUUAUGGGUGCUACUACGUUGUUCACGGAGAUGAUAUCACUUCUGACAGUAGUGGCGAUGAUUGCUAUCGGUUUGUCAAAGCUGCUGGACGUUUUCGCGUGGUCAAGAGAACACCUGGCAUAUCCACUACCGACCUUGUUGGUCGUAUGCUCCUAUGCACGAAGACCCAUUUCAUAAAAUCCGUGAAAGACACGCUUGCGGGGGAAGAGGGCCUGGGAAGCCCCGACGAGAGGAAGGCAUCAGCUGCAGACCUUUUACAAAGAAUUCGGGACUAUGCCACCGACGAGAGCGGCCUUCAACCAGGACCCCAAGUCUGGACUUGGAUCGGUUCAAAUUUGGCCAAGCUGGACCACGUGGUAGAAGAAGCAGGAACAUUUGAGACACUGUUCAAUGGCAAGCCGCCAAAACCAGGACAGCGGGUCGUCUAUGUUGAUGGCGGCUUUGACCUCUUCUCAUCCGGCCAUAUCGAGUUCCUCCGACAGGUCAUAUCGUACGAAGAGACUGAUGGCCGUCAACGUGGGUGGUACGACCCUGGGCAAAGGGACAGGAGGAUCAGAGACCAUGGAGAAGACUAUGGUCCUUCGUAUGUCAUUGCUGGAAUCCAUGAUGACGACGUGAUUAAUCACUGGAAAGGACUCAACUAUCCCAUCAUGAACAUUUUUGAGCGUGGGCUUUGCGUCCUUCAAUGCCGUUACAUACAUGCGGUGGUAUUCUCGGCUCCCUUUUCUCCUAGUCAAUCAUAUCUUGAAACCAUGCCCUUUGGCGUACCAGGCGUUGUCUACCACGGCCCAACAACAUUCAUUCCUCUCACAUAUGAUCCAUAUGUCGCUCCGAAGAGAAUGGGUAUUUUCAAGGAGACAGGUGAACAUCCUUUCCAGUAUGUGAAUGCUGGUGAAAUUGUCGGUAGGAUUCUGAAGAGCCGCGAGGCAUAUGAAGAGAGACAACGCACCAAAUUGAAGAAGAGUGCUGUCGAAGAAUUGACAAAGUUGAGGGAGGCAUCAGGCUAGACUUCAUAUAGUUGAACCAAUUGAUAUAAAAAAGAUGUAGAUGCCAGUAGGUGUUGCUAUGCGAGAAAUGCUCAUGAUGGAAUCCACUUUAUGGACUUUAAAGAGAAAAAACCCUG